AUGCGCAGUAGGUCACUUCCUGAAUCCUCGUUAGCUUGCUGGCUUUGGUAGUAGCAUGCAGAUGCGAACUGAGCGGCGGCACCGCUGAGAAGAGGACACAAAGAAAGUCGGAGCGACAGCUUUCCGAACACCAUGGACUACUGGAGUGCCUUGGAGGUGUAUAAGGAGAUGCUGCUGCUGUACCUGGAGGAGGUGCGGCGGCAGGUGAACUCUCUCUGCGCCCCCCUGGAGCCGUGGCAGAUCAUUGGAGCCUCAGUCGCCGCUACGCUAGGAGCCAUCUGGAUUAAAGGCUUCCUUUUCCAGCAAGAAAGCUUGAUGUCAAGAAUGAAGAGGCAGUGCUUUCGACUGAUCAGAAAAAUCCCCUUUGUUGGCGUGUCGAUCCAGCGGCAGCUCAACAAGGCUUUGGACGACAUGUCCCACAGUCUGUGCACGCUGAAGGAGGGGAUGAGCUACACCACCAAGCUGCCCCCCAAAGGGCUGUCCCAGACUCAGGUCAUGGACAAGAUCAAAGAAUAUCAGACCCUGAAUGAUGUUCAGUGGGAGAAAGGACGCGUUUCUGGAGCAGUCUACUGGGGGGAUGAGACCCUAACCAAACUGCUGGUGAAGGUUUACGGGGAUUUUGCCUGGAGCAACCCUCUACAUCCCGACAUCUUUCCCGGCGUCAGGAAGAUGGAGGCAGAAGUCGUCAGAAUGUCUUGCUCUCUCUUCAACGGGGGGCCCGACUCCUGCGGCACCGUCACGUCAGGAGGAACCGAGAGUAUCCUGAUGGCCUGCAAAGCGUACAGGGAGAUGGCGUACGAACGCGGCGUCAAACACCCAGAAAUUCUGGCGCCCGUGAGUGUCCACGCCGCUUUUGACAAAGCAGCAAAUUACUUUGGGAUGAAGCUCGUCCACAUUCCUCUGGAUAAGACCACCAUGAAGGUGGACGUGAAGGCCAUGAAGAGAGCCAUCAGCAGGAACACGGCCAUGCUGGUGUGCUCAGCCCCGCAGUUCCCUCAUGGGGUCAUCGAUCCUGUCGAGGAGGUGGCCAAGCUGGCUGUUCGCUACAACCUCCCGCUGCACGUGGACGCCUGUCUGGGGGGGUUUCUCAUCGUCUUCAUGGCCAAGGCUGGUUACCCGCUCGCCCCCUUCGACUUCAGGGUCAAAGGGGUCACCAGUAUCUCAGCAGACACGCACAAAUAUGGUUACGCCCCCAAAGGCUCCUCCGUAAUUCUUUACAGUGAGAAGAAGUACCGCCAGUAUCAGUACUUUGUGGCUCCAGACUGGCAGGGGGGCAUCUACGCCUCCCCCUCCAUCGCGGGCUCCAGGCCUGGAGGGAUCAUCGCAGCCUGCUGGGCCACCAUGAUGCACAUGGGGGAGAACGGCUACGUGGACGCCACCAAGAAGAUCAUCAGCACCGCACGCAAAAUCAAAACCGGAAUUAGGAAGAUCAAAGGGGUCUUCGUGUUUGGAGACCCAGAGGUGUCGGUGGUGGCCAUCGGCUCGGACCAGUUUGACAUCUUCCGCCUCUCAAAUGCUCUGACGUCAAAGGGCUGGAAUCUGAACACGCUGCAGUUUCCAUCCAGCAUCCACAUCUGCUGCACCGUCCUGCACACCCAGCCUGGGGUGGCGGAGCGCUUCGUUCAGGACGUCAGAGACCAGGUGGCAGUGAUUAUGAAGAACCCCAAAGAGAAAACCACAGGAAUGGGAGCCAUCUACGGAAUGGCCCAGUCCAUCCCGGACAGGUCCAUGGUGACUGAAAUCUCCAGAGGUUUUCUGGACUGUCUCUACAGCACCGAGGUGCCCAAGUCGAGCAGAAACCACAUGAAUGGCAACGGGAAAGCCCACUGACGUGCCGCCGGGGAACGCGCCGCUGCCUCCCUGAGCGCCGAGGUUGCUCAGUUUCGCUUUGUGGAAACAUCAGAGGAGCUCCAGCCUUCAUGAUUGAACCCCAGAGGGGAGGGUACUUCUGCCAGUGUGCCUCCACGCGAGGAGCAGAAGGGACCGGCUCCAAACGACUUUUAAUCUAAUAAUUUGACGGUAAUUUAGUUGUUUGUUUUUGAGUUGUUUUGUUGUGAAGAAUAAUUCAGGUUUUGCUCUUGUUGUUUUGUCCUAAUCUGCGACUGAAACCCUUCAGAUGUUGUUUGUUGGUGGAUUCUUUGAAGGUCUUUUUUUUUUCCAUCUGUGCUGACUCCGCAGAAGCACAAAGGGAAGCGCGGCUGCACAGACCUGUUACCCAGCAUGCAACAUUUGUUAUGAAAACGCACUGCGAUGCCCCAACAGAAACAUUAGCCAGACGUUCUUAUCGUCUAUGGGAGACGACAUGACUUCAGAAGAUCAGCUGACAGAAGGUUCAAGUCCUCAAGUGUCCUAUCAUUAACUCAGAAGUUCAGUUUGACUCCUGUGGAUCGCGGCUUGUCUUUAAUCUACCUCAGUCUCUAACUGUUAACUCACCUGGUUAACUCAUCUGGGUAACUCACCUGCUCACGUCAGCGCAGAGCGAUUGGUCCGGUUUUGGUAAAGAGGGGCAUUUUUGACGGCAUUUUUUAUGAACAAGCAGCACAUUAACGCAAGGAUUGAUGACGGAAAGCACAGAAAGAGAUUCUGAUUGUUUUAUGUACUAAAGUGAUUUUUCUGAUUUGUUUUUUUUCCACGUUUGUGCAAUAACUGUUUGUAUUUGAUAAAGUGUAGCUUCCUGAAGUGGGAGGAGCAACGACGACGACGGUUUAUCUAACUUUAACCACUGAAAGUCCAUUGUCACUAACUUUAUCUGUGUUUGCUUUAAAUUCGUUUUAAAGAGAUGAAUGUAUUUGAUGCACAUUGUUUGAUUCUGAUUAAGGGGUGGGGUUUGGAAGUGACGGCGGCUUUCAGCCCCGAUACCGCCUGAAAACUGUCGUGGCUAAAAAAACCUUUGAAUCGUUUUUUAGAAGUGGAGUUUUAGUGCAAAAUCCUCAAACACGUGUUCUCAUUUGUUGACCAUAACUGCAGCACUGGUAUGUUUGUUUGUCUCAAACAAAUAUGAAGUGAAGUAAACAAAUGAAAUCCCAACUUUGAACUGAAUGGAUCUGAAGGUUAAGGUUUGCUGACAGGAUGCUGGUUCUAUUCUGUGAAAUCUGUCGAUGUUUGAGUGAAAUGUUCAAUCAAUGCUCUCUGAGAGUUCUCCUUGAUGCACUGGUAUCCGAGUUUAGAGGCCUUUUAUGAUUCUUUUCAAUAAAAUGCAUUUAGUCUGAUGA